AUGCGUCUUUCUGUCAUAUUUUUCCUUCUCUUGUGGGCUAAAGCCCUAACAUUGAAAAAUCUAAAUUAUUCUGUCCCGGAAGAGCAAGGACCUGGCACUGUAAUAGGUAACAUAGCCAAGGAUGCCGGAUAUGGACCGAUGGAAAGGGGGAAAAAAUCUAACUUUAGGAUAUUGGAGAAUUCCGCUCCACAUCUGGUAGAUGUGGACCCGGAGAGUGGGCUGCUCUUCACUAAACAACGGAUUGACAGGGAGACGUUGUGCAGGCGAAACCCCAAAUGUCAGCUCUCAAUGGAAGUGUUUGCCAACGACAAGGAAAUAUGCAUGAUCAAGAUGGAUAUUGAGGACAUCAACGACAAUUCACCAAGUUUUCCUUCAGAUCACAUCAAUAUUGAUAUUUCAGAAAAUGCAGCAGCUGGCACGCGCUUUCCCCUAACGAUAGCGCACGACUCAGAUUCUGGGGAAAACGGGAUUAAGACUUAUCAGGUCACAAGAGAUGAUUACAAUACAUUUUCUUUGGAUUUGAAAAUUAGAGGAGAUGGGACUAUAUAUCCAGAACUCGUCGUUCAGAGACCAUUAGACAGGGAGGACCAGAGUCAUCACACACUCCUUUUGACUGCUAUUGAUGGAGGGGAAUAUCCAAGAUCAGGGUCCAUGCAAAUAAAUGUGAGAGUUACUGAUUCAAAUGAUAACAGCCCAGUCUUUGAAAAACCCUCCUAUGUCCUGGAGAUCCCUGAAAACUCACCACCUGGAAAAAUAUUGAUAGAUUUAAAUGCAACAGACCAAGACGAAGGGAGCAAUGGACAGGUGGUCUAUUCCUUCAGUGGGUAUGCAUCAGAGCGAAUGCAGGAGUUGUUCUCCAUUGACCCCAACACUGGUGUCAUAAAGAUUCAAGGAGAAAUAGACUAUGAGGAGAACCCAAUUAUUGAAUUUGAUGUGCAGGCUAAGGACCUCGGGCCAAACCCCAUUCCUGGCCAUUGUAAAAUCACUGUCAAAGUACUGGACAAGAAUGAUAACUGGCCAAUUAUAAGUUUUGUGUCUGUCCGUCAGGGAGCCAUCAGCGAAGCAGCCCCUCCAGAGUCUGUCAUUGCUCUGGUGAGAGUCACAGACAAAGACUCUGGGAGGAAUGGUCAACUCCAGUGCCGAGUGCUGGGCAAUGUACCCUUCAGACUGCAAGAAAACAAUGAUAAUUUUUACACACUUCUAACUGAUAGACCACUGGACAGGGAAAUGAAAGAUGAAUAUAACGUUACAAUAGUGGCCAGGGACAAUGGAAUACCUUCCUUAAAUUACACAAAAUCCUUUACGGUCAAAAUAUUGGAUGAAAAUGACAAUGCUCCUCGUUUUACCAAGACAGUAUAUGUGCUUCAGGUGCCAGAGAACAACAUCCCAGGGGAGUAUUUAGGUUCCGUUCUGGCACAUGAUCCAGACAUAGGUAGAAAUGGAACUGUGUCUUACUCCAUCUUGCCUUCACAUAUUGUGGAUGUGUCAGUGUAUACCUAUGUGUCCGUCAACCCUACCAAUGGAGCCAUAUAUGCCUCAAGAUCUUUCAACUACGAGCAAACAAAGUUCUUUGAGUUCAAAGUUCAAGCUAAAGAUGCAGGGUCUCCUCACAUGGAGAGCACCGCCACAGUCAGGGUCAGCGUCCUCGACGUCAACGACAAUCUCCCAGUAAUCACACUACCCCUCCUUCAAAACGACACGGCUGAAAUCGUCGUCCCCCGAAACGUGGGCAUGGGCUACAUCGUGACCACGGUCAAAGCCAUGGACCAUGACCACGGGGAGAGUGGACGCCUGGCCUACGAGAUCUGGGAAGGCAACGAGGAGAACCUGUUUGAGAUUGACACCGUGUCUGGGGAGAUUAGAACAACCAAUCCAGUGUGGGAGGCGGUGACCACCUUGGUGGAGCUGGUUGUGAAGGUAACAGACCAUGGCAAGCCUCCCCUGUCUGCUGUGGCUAAGUUGAUCAUUAGGGCCAACCCGGGGGCCAUAGCAGCAGGGGACUCAGGGGCCAGCAGAGAGCCACAACCCUGGGACAUGUCCCUGCCCCUCAUAGUUACCCUGUGCAUCAUCUCUGUCAUGCUGCUGGCCGUCAUGACCGCCAUCGCUGUCAAGUCCAAACAUCAGGAUAAGGAGGCCGGGAAUUACAACUGCCGCGUGGCAGAGUUCGCCAACCCUCCGACGGGCAAGGGGAAGAAGAAGAGGAUCAACAAGAGUGACAUCAUGCUGGUGCAGAGCGAGAUGGAGGAGAGGGACUCAUUGAGCAGGAUGAACGUGGUGAGCAGUCCCUCCCUCAUCACCUCGCCCAUCUGCUUUGAUUACCAGAGCCCCUUGCCCCUCACUCUGCCCAGAUCGGAGGUCCUGUACCUGAAGACCACCCCGAACAGCCUGACUGUCCCUCGGGCUGGAUGCCACUCGAGCUUUGCUGGACUCAGCACAGAAACUCCCGGGAGCAGGAUGUCAGUGAUACAGACAGAUAAUUUUCCCUCCGAGCCCAAUUAUGUAGGCAGCAGGCAGCCUUUUGUUCCAAGCUCCACAUUUAAGGAUGCAGAGCGAGCAAGCCUCCGAGACAGUGGCCAUGGUGAUAGUGACCAGGCUGAUAGUGACCAGGAUACUAAUAAAGGCUCACACUGCGACACGUCUGCCAGGGAGGCCCUCAAGAUGAAAGCAACAGCAGUUAAUGGCCAGCCUCUCGAACAGGGGCAAGACAAAUCAGUCCACUGCACAGAUGAAUGUCUUGCACUGGGACAUUCUGACAGCUGUUGGAUGCCAAAGUUACGGGUAGGAAGCCAAGCAGACAGCGCCGAUAAUCGCACCAACCUUUUCAUCCCUGUGGGAAUGGAGGCCAUGGUGGAGACAGAGAUUUAUGGCACCAUCAACCGCAGCGGCAGAAAAACCCUCAGCACGUUUGGGAAAGAACAGCGGGACAGUACCAUCCUCGUGGCCAAUGUCAAGCCCUACUUUAAAACCCAGCGUGCUCUCAGCCCCCCUCUGCAGGAGAGCCCUUCUGCGUCCACUAGCCCCUUGAAGAUGAGCACCCCCCUGGACUCUCCCAGCAAGGAGCCCGGAGAGGGGAGGGAGGGGGGCUCGGACAGCAGUGCCUACGGACCGCCGGAUGGCCAGUGUUCCCCGCCGCACACAGAACUGGAGGAGCCCUCCUACCUGACCUGCCAGGUCCUCAGGCCCAAGUCUCUGUCCAGCAGCCUUAUCCACAGCUCUGUCAUCAGCCAGGAGUGUGGCGCCAUGGAGUACGUUUUCGACCAGCGGGACUCUGCCAACUGA